GACCAAUACGGUAUCGGUAUUUGCUAGUGUUAUCACGAACUAGCCGCUGCGUGUGGGUCGUGGAAUCAUCAACAAAUACCUAACGUUAUUAGCGUUUUAAAAGUUGUAUAGUACAAAUUCAAGCAUGGCAGAUCCAGGAGCAUUUCCAGACAGCCAUACUACCUCGACGUACACAACUACAACAACUCAGCAAGCAGCACCAGCAAGCUACCAGUUUACUGUCGACACAGGUUAUGUCAAAUCCCUACCUGGUAUCUUGAAGAUUGUAGAGAUUAUUGUUGGAUUCCUCUACUGGACAGUUGUGGCCAGUUACACGUAUGCUUACUACUUCAGUGGCUUUAGCUGGAUAAUCUUUGUUGCAGUGACUGCCUGGGUCUUCACACUCAUACUAUUUCUCUUAUUCCUCUUUAAACUUGCCCAACGUGUGACCAUUAUCAACUGGGUGCUCACGGAGCUGAUCAACAAUGCCGCAGAUUGCUUGCUACAUUUUAUAGCUGCUAUAAUUAUCAGUGUACGUGCUGGUCAGCUGAAUAUAUUAGUUGAACAUGGGAAGCUAGUAUGGGGCUGUCUUUGUGGAUGGACCCUUGUCGUCCUCUAUGGCCUCAGUACAUUCUUCAACUUCCGUGACUUCCAAGCCAUGGGUGGAACAAGCAGCCUGCGUUUCCCUGGCCAGCAGACCACCAUGGCCACUACCACGACCACCACAACCACUGUGGUUCAACAACAAAGCACUGAACCUGCAGACGAGAAGGUCCAGGACCCUCCCCCGUACCCCGGGGGCCCAUUCUAGAUGUACAACUGUCACAUCAUCUGUGGAGAAGCAGAAGUGGUCAUUUGGGGAGGGGAGGGGGGGUGAUAAGGUGAAUUUAAUUUAGUCAUAUUGCCAUUGUGAAGGCUCACCAAUGCAGCUGUUCAUUGCAUAGUAAUGCAGAAUUCAGCGGUACUGUGUUAACCCAUUUCCUACUGGAACUGGGUGAUCCCUGCACAAAACCUAUGGGAAGCAAAGAAUUUGGUAGUCAACUAGUUGAAGGUCAGGGAAAUGUUGUAUGUAUGUGAUAUAUUCAAGUGAAAAGACAUUGUAAUGGUAAAUCAUGCACAAAAGUAAU